GAGAGACAGCGCCUGGCCGCGGAGGUGGGCGGCGGGCGGGCGGGGUGUCCCAGAGCCGAGCCCGGGACGGGCAUUACCCAAAAGGCGGAAAAAAAAAAACCGAAGGAGUAAUUAAAGUCGCCGCUGCCGCGCGCGGUCCCACCCUCCCCACCGGCCGGCUCCUCUGGCAGACGGGAGGGGACAGCAGAGACGGGCUGCCGCGGAGACACGCCGCCACCUCCGCCUCCACCUCCUCCGGCUCUUCGCACUCGCUCCCUCGCCCGCCGUAGCAACACCGACGGCGGUGGAUCCCCCUUUCCCGCGCAGCCCCGCGCACCAUGGCCCCCGCAGCCCCCCGCCUCGUCCUCGGCCUCCUGGUACUGAGUUUGUGCUGUGAAGCUUGCAAGAAAGUAAUUUUUCAUGUUCCUUCUGAACUAGAGGCUGACACAUUAGUUGGCAGAGUUGAUUUGAAAGAAUGCCUUCAGUCUGCAGAGUUUAUCAGUACCACUGAUGGGAACUUCAAGAUUCUAGAGGAUGGUUCUGUGUACACAACAUCUGCUCUUUCUUUGUCUGCUGAGAAAAAAACUUUUACCAUAUUACUUAAAGACAUUCAAGAACAAGUUGAAAAGAAAAUACAUGUUAGCUUAGUGGAAGAAGAAAAGAAGACCCAGACACAGAAGACCAGGCAUGCUAGAGAUACAGUUCUCAAGCGAACCAAAAGAAGGUGGGGCCCUAUUCCAUCCGUUAUGAUAGAGAACUCACUGGGACCUUUUCCUCUACAAAUUCAGCAGGUCCAGUCAGACACAGCUCAGAACUACACAAUUUAUUAUUCUGCAAGUGGACCAGGAAUUGAUCAAGAUCCGAAGGGUUUAUUUUACAUAGAAAGAGAAACUGGAAAUAUCUUUGCUACUCGUGCAGUAGACCGGGAACAAUAUCCAAGCUUUCAGAUCAUUUGCUUUGCAACCACUCCAGAUGGUUAUUCACCAGAAGUACCACUUGUGCAUACAAUCAGGAUAGAAGAUGAUAAUGAUAAUGCUCCAUAUUUUACACAAGAUCUGUUUGAGUUUUGUGUCCCUGAAAAUUCCAAGCCUGGUGUUGUUGUUGGACAAGUGACUGCAGAGGACAGAGAUGAGCCUUAUACUCUGCAUACUACAUUGAAAUACCGCAUUGUGUCACAAAAUCCACCAAUUACUCCAGCAUUUUCUUUACAUGGUGACACUGGUGUCAUUUCUGUAUUGCUGCCGCAGCUGGACAGAGAGCUUGUUCCCAGUUACACUUUGUUAGUUGAAGUGAGAGAUAUGGCAGGUCAACCUUUUGGUUUGUGCACUACAGGAACAGUGGUUGUAAAAAUCGAAGAUACAAAUGACAAUGCACCAUCCUUUAAACAGAUACAAUAUGAAACGCGAGUGGAGGAAAACAGAGUGAGUGUAGAAAUACUGAGGGUCUCUGUUGUUGAUCUUGAUGAACCUGGUUCGCCUGGCUCAGGAGCAGUGUAUGAAAUUAUAAGAGGAAAUGACGAUCAGGCCUUUGAAAUUACAACAGACAAAAACACAAACGAAGGAAUACUAUGUGUUGUCAAGGGACUGGACUAUGAAAGUGCCAAGCAAAGGGUCCUUGUCAUUGGAGUCAACAAUGAGGCACCCUAUCUGCUGGCACCACAUUCACAACAACUUUCCCAGAGCACCUGCUCUGUUACAGUGCACGUCCUGGAUGUGGAUGAGGGACCAGUGUUUAAACCGUGUCUGUUGCGCUUAGAUGUUAAAGAAUGUGAAGAUAUUGGGACGGCUAUUGGGAGAUAUGUAGCAGAAGAUCCAGAAACUGGAAAUAGUGAAGGCAUAAGGUACCGGAUACCACCUGGACAAUGUAAUUGGAUCAACAUAGAUGAGAGAUCGGGUGAAGUCAGAACUGUUAAAGUCUUGGACCGAGACAUAGGAGAAAUGAGACGAGGCCAAUGCAAUAUCACAGUCCUUGCAAUAGACAGAAAUGGUAAAACAGGCACUGGAACAAUUCAGGUUUGCAUCGUGCCUGGGAACAAGAAUUUCCCACGAAUCGCUCAAACAGACUAUAUAAUGUGCAGAGACAGAGAACCAAUCUGCCUUACUGCACAGGAUGAUGAUGAGGCUCCUUACAGCACACCCUUUGUGUAUCGCAUAACUGACCGUAACUUGGCUUCCAUGUGGAAGAUAAAUGCACAAAACGAUAAUUGUGCAUAUCUUUCACCAAAGGGUGAUAUUCCGUUUGGAAUUUAUGAUAUUCCUGUAAGUGUGAUGGAUAACGGAGGAAAGGUAGGAGAGUCCACUGUAAGAGUUAACUUCUGUGAUUGUGUUACCCCAACCGAAUGCGAUGGCAGGAGCCGUCAGCUUUCUGGUGGAAAUGUUACUCUUGGUCUCUGGGCCAUCCUUGCAAUGAUCUUAGGAUCGCUGUUAUUGCUGCUAAUCCUGAUCACAAUUUGUGGCUGCUGUGGCCGUGGAGUAAUGCACAGACAGGUGACUGAUGAUUGUGCCAAUCACAAUUUAAUCAUUUCAAACACAGAAGCUCCAGGCGAAGAAGUGAUGGAUCACAAUAUAAUUCCUCUACAAAAUACAUGUGAUCAAGGAGGGUAUGGAGUGAAAACAGGAGAUCAGCAAACAUUUGAAGUGGUAAAAGGAAGAGGGCAUACCUUGGAAUCAGUCAAGGGAGCUGGACACCAGACUUUGGGAUCAGUUAAAGAAGGAGGAGGACAGACUAUGAUGGACACAUGUAGAUACUCCUACUCAGAAUGGCAUAAUUUCACACAUCCUCGUUUAGGCGAAAAGGUGCACCUAUGCAGACAGGAUGAAGAACAGAAGCAUUCUGAAGAUUAUCUCCUUUCAUAUAACUAUGAAGGAAAAGGAUCCUUGGCUGGCUCUGUAGGCUGCUGCAGUGAUCAGCAUGAGGAGGAGGCACUUGACUUCUUAGAUCAGUUGGAACCCAAGUUUAGGACAUUAGCAGAAACAUGCAUAAAAAGAUAAAUGUGCCUUUCACAGUGCUGAAAAAAACCUGUAAAUAAGUGGCUGUCGUACUUUUGUGAUAUUAGGUAUUUUUGAAUUGACGGGGGAAGAGGUUUAUAAAAAUUUAUACAGACUGGUGAGAGUGUAAGUAACUCUUGCUUUAAAUUUACAUUUUCUUAUACUGGACACAUUCCAUCAAAAUAAGAGACUCAAAAUAUUUUGUCUUUAGGUUAAUAUAGUAAUGCUAGUUCCUACUUAGAUUACAUUUUGCAUUCUUUGUGAUUACUUAAAAUGCAAAACUUGGUGUUCUUUUAAUUAAUUGUUCAGCUUCAAAGUUUUACUAUAUUUGGCUUUGGAGAAGGAAAGCUUUUUAACUCACUGUUUCUUUGUUUUCUUUUAAUUUUAUAGAAAUGAAACAAGAACUUUGUUGGUGGAUAUCAAAUUCCUUGUUAAUUUUUAACUUAUAUGAACUGAGAUACAAAAUAUUUUUUCAUUUUGGACAUAAGAAUACUCAUGAAUAUAUUAGAAAACUUUACAUUUUGGUUGAAAAUUAAAUAUAUAUAUAUUGUAUAUAUGUAAAAUAAUAUUCAAAAAUAUAUUUUUCUCCUAAUGGGUUACCACCCAUCAAACUUGCUAUCCUAAGGGAUUUAUGGCAUCACCACAUAGGGUAUCAGCAUUGUAUGCAAGUAUGUAUUUUUCUUUUAGAGAAAUAAAAGAUUAAAAAAAAAAUCACAAAAUAGAGGUAACUAUCAUAUUUCAAAUGAACGCAAGACAAAUCUCAUGUUUACUUUACCUAAGUUUGUACCUCAGUUUCUUGUGAGUUUUGACAUAGUAUCAUUGCAGAAAAAUGAUGACCAUUGCUGAGAGUUUUGUCCAGUGUAGCUACGACUACCUUUCCAUUUGCCCUGUUAUGGACUUCAUUAACUGUUUCUUUUUGUAAGUAGAACUUGACAGAAGAUGCAGCUCAAAUGGAUUGAGCAUAUUGUCCAUUAAUAAUGUGUUUUAGAAUAUCCUUUUAUUGAGAUGCAAAAUUACACUGGGAUAAACUGUCUGUUUUGAGUGUAAUAUGUGGUAGUUGUAGAGGUGAGCAUUUACAAACAUCUUUGGCAGAAAUCAUCUGAAUCCCAUCUCUUAUUUUACUAGAUUAAGCAUACAUGUACACUAUAUAUACAUAUAUAUAUACACACACAGGCACACACACAAAAGUCUGAAGUACCUUUGGCAGAUGACAGUAGUGAGACCUGAAUGCUGUCAUAAGCAGCAGGUGGAAUUUCACCUCUGCUUCCCAGAUUUUAAAUGUUUCUUUUUUUUUUUUUUUAAUAUUUGCACUCCUGGUUAAGUAAUUUGUCCUCUGAACUCUGGGAAUUCUCUUGUGCCUUAAAAGAACAUCUCAGUGCCUAUGAGAAACUUGUGCAAUUACUUAUUUCUGUUGCUCUAAUUCUGCUUUUAGGAUUUGCUCUGUAAACAUAUGCCUUAGGGAUAUUUUUAAAUAUUUACUAUAGCUAAUGAUCUGUAAAAGGAAUAAUUACUAACAGCCAAGAGUCAGGAUGCUCUAAAUCUCAGUUGCUGCUGACUUACAGUGGUUGCAGUUCAUUCCACACAAAUUAUGGUCAGUGAAAACCCAUAAUAGUAUAAAAACUUACCAGUGUUAUAAAAUAGUACUUUCAAAACCUUAUGUUUCACACUGUAAAUGGGCUUCAGUGUAUUUCUGGUAAGAACUGGCUGGGGUUAAGAACUUCGUAGACCAAUGCUCAAUGUAUUUUAGUGCAUCAUUUGAAAGUGGUAAUGAAUUCAUUCUGAACUGGGUACACUGCCAGUGACAAGAGUGACAGUCAUCAGCAGCAAAAUACUAGAUGAAAACCAUAGUGUUAUGAACUUACUUUAUUAGUGCUAACACUACUCUUCUGAACACUGCUCUUCUUUAUCACUAACAUAAACAAUUUUUUCUGUACGUGGACAGUCAGAUCUGUGACUGAUGUAAGUCAAGAUUGCUCUGCUGAUGCCAGUGAAGCUAUGCUGACUUUAUGCCAGGUGAAGAUCUGUCCCCUGGUGAUUAUCUUGCUGCUUUAUGUCCUGCACCUUUAUGUUUAGUUAUUGGCUAUACACUUUUUAAGGUAAUAUUAAUGUCUCCCCCUUCCUCUCUUAAUGUUUGCUGGUGUUUUUGUUUGUUUGUUUUUUUUAAAUUAUAUAAAAAUCCUAUGGUUCGGAAGGACCUAGGAUAAAUAACAGACUGCACUCUUUUGAAAAUUACUUGGAGGGUGGUGUAGAGGAGCCUCUGGGAGUACGGUUUCUUUCCUCGUGAAAUAUAAUAGUAAUACUGUGCUGAAAGAACAGACCAAAUUUUUAUGAGCUGAAAUUGAAUUGGCAUUGGCUGUUUUAAGUGGAUGGUUGCUAACUUACCACCCUAGAAUUAAAAUAAUAAAUUAUUUAAAUCAGAGUAAUGUUUUUCUAAUCUAAUUUGCCUUAAAAAUGUUUUUAUUCUUUUUUACAUUUCAACAAACAUAGAUAAUUAGUUACUUUAAUUUUUGUCCAUUUUUAAACAAAGUAGAAAUCUGAAAUCACUUCUACUUGUUUGGCUCUUUGAAAAAUUAAAGUUCUGAAUUGAACCAGCUAUUUCUGUAAAACGAAGAGUAGAAAUGAGAUGCUUUAAAAAAUGAAUUGUAAAAUGUUAUUUUCAUUGUAUCUUCUAAAUAUGUGAAUGGGAACUUUGUAUAAAGCAUUAAAGUUUACAGAUACCAAGUACCAGAUAACAUUUGUGCAAAGCUUACAAAUGGAAUAUGUUAAAAUGUAUAAUUCACUUGUUGUUACUGUCUUGAACCGCCUUAAAAAUUGUGAUUUCUUCUCUUCAACUAGGUAAUUUGCAAACUACCUAGCAGUGUCAAAAUUAUCUUAACAUCAUAUUUUUAGGUAUAUUUUGUACAACAGUGAGUAAUAAAUUUUUUUCAAAAUAAAAGGAUCUUCUACAAAAACUGUU